AUGGCGUGGGAGCGGGACUUCCGGCGCUCCUUGUCUGAGUGGCUCUCGUCGUUCACCCGUUCCCGGCCUCAGUGUCGCUUGGGGGGCGCUGAGAAAGGGAGGCCCGGGUGGACUAAGGAGCUUCCCUUCAGUGGGACCUGCGACGUGUGCUGUUCCGAACUCUUGCAAUUUUGGCAGGGCCGUGUGGUCUUUGAGGACGUGGCCAUAUUUUUCUCCCAGGAGGAGUGGGGCCUCCUUGAUGAAGCUCAGAGACACCUGUACCAUGCUGUGAUGACGGAGAACUUGGCGCUUCUGUCCUCUCUGGGUUUUUGGCCUGGAGCCCAGGAUGAGGAGGCACUUUCUGAACAAGGUGUUUCUGUCAGAGUGUCAGAGGUCAGGACACUAAAGCCGGGUCUGUCCACCAGGAAGGCCCUGCCCUGUGAGAUGUGUGACCCAGUCUCCAAAGACCUUUUGCACCUGCCUGAGCACAGCACUGAUCAAGGGCUGUAUGUUUGUAGAAUGAACCUUUCCCAGCACCAAAAGGGGCAGAUGAGAGACAAACUUUCCAGAAGAGAUGAGAGGAGGGCUUCACUCCUGACCAACAGCAGCGAGCACAUGGCAGAGAGGACCUGGAUGUGCAGCGGAGACAGGAAGGAGUUCCACAGCAGCACAGGCCCCCUCCAGCAGCUGGCCCUGCACAGUGUGGGGAAGCCACACAGAGACCCUGAGGGCAGGGAGGUCAUCAGCAGUGGACAAAACAAUUACAAGUGCGCUCAGUGUGGGAAAGCCUUCAGUCGAAAACAGACACUUGCUGAGCACCAGAAAAUCCACAUGGGUGUAAGGCCUUAUGAGUGCAGCAACUGUGGGAUGGCUUUCAUUAGAAAGUUUCACCUUGUCCAGCACCAGAGAAUCCACACUGGGGAACGGCCUUUUCAGUGCAGUGACUGUGGGAAACGCUUUAGGUACAACUCCACACUCAUUAGUCAUCAGAGAGUUCAUACUGGAUUAAGCCCUUAUGAGUGCAGCAAAUGCGGGGAAUUCUUCAAGUACAAUGCCAACUUCAUAAAACAUCAGAGACUUCACGAUGGAGAAAGCCCUUAUGAGUGCAGAGAAUGCGGAAAAUUCUUUAGGUACAACUAUCGACUGAUAAGACAUGGGAGAGUUCAUACUGGAGAGAGACCUUACGAAUGCAGUGAAUGUGGGAAAUUUUUCAGGUACAGCUCCACAUUCAUUAGACAUCAGAGAGUUCAUACUGCAGAAAGGCCUUACAAGUGUAAUGAAUGUGGGAAAUUCUUUAGGUAUAACUCCACACUCAUUAAGCACCAGAGAGUUCACACCGGAGAAAGGCCUUAUGAGUGCAGUGAAUGUGGGAAAUUCUUCAGGUACACCUCCACCCUCCUUAGGCAUCAAAGAAUUCAUACUGCGGAAAGGCCUUAUGAGUGCAGCUUGUGUGGGGAAUUCUUCAGGUACAGGUCCAAGCUUAUUAAACACUGGCAAAAUCACACUGGAGAAAGGCCUUACGAGUGCAGUGAAUGUGGGAAAUCUUUUAGGUACCACUGCAGACUCAUUAGACAUAAGAGAGUCCACAGUGGAGAAAGGCCUUACGAGUGCAGCGAGUGUGGGAAAUUCUUUCGGUACAACUCCAACCUCAUGAAACACUGGAGGAAUCACACUGGAGAGAGGCCUUACGACUGCAGCGAGUGUGGGAAAGCCUUUAGCCACAAGCAUAUUCUUGUGGAGCAUCAGAAAAUCCAUACUGGAGAAAGACCGUAUGAGUGCAGCGAAUGUCAGAAGGCCUUCAUUAGGAAGUCCCACCUCGUUCAUCACCAGAAAGUCCACACUGAAGCCAGUGUGAGUGCCCUUAAUGUGGCGAAUUCUUUAGAUACAACUCCAACCUCCUUGAGCAGAGAAUUCACGGCGGUAAAGACCUUACGAGUUCAGAGAAUAUGGUAAAUUCUUUGGGUACUACUACAAGCUCCUGACACUGGAGAAGCGCCUUAUGAGUUGAUCUCAGAGUCAGCCUUAUGACCAUAUGAGGACAGAAAGUAUGGGAAAUUGUUUGGUACAGCUUCCCACUCAUUAGACAUCAGGAGUUUGCACUCGAGGAAGGCCUUCUGAGUGCAGUGAAUAUAAGUCUUUGGGUGAAACCUCAGCCCCGUUACACAUGAGGGAUUUCACAGCAGGGAAAGGCCUUACAAGUGCAGCAAAAAUGGGCACAUGUCCAACCAACACUUCCACCACAUUCAGCACCAAAAAGUUCACACCAGUGGGAGUGCUGCAAAUGGGGGAAGACUUCAGCAAAAUGGAUGCUCUCAGCUAUCCCUAGGAAGUACUCUAAUAUAGUGUCCUUUUUGUUUGUUUUUACAUUUUUGAUGGUGGUAAAAUACAUAUAAGAAAGUUUACCCUCUAUCUUUUUAAUUUUACAGUUAGUGUGUUUAAAAAUUCAUAUAUUUGUGCAGCUCACCUCCAGAGUUCUCAUCUUGCAGAAGUGAAACUAAACCCACUAAACAACAGCUCUUCCUGCUCCCUCCCUACCGGACCUGUCUCUCUGAAUUUGAUUGCUCUGGACACUUGGCGUAGUUGCAUUCAUACAUUUUCCAUCUCUCUUCUGCUAGCCCGUGGGACGUGAAGCAUCUGUUGGUGUGUCCUUCUGUUCUGGCAGGAGUCAGGGCUCAGCCACCCGAGACACAGGGCCGGCUGCUGGUGGGGUCAGUGCUAUCUGCUAGAUGUGAAUGAUACUUAUACAGGAGAUCUAGAUUUUAUGGAAUCUUUAUUACAGCUUUAUUGAGGUAAUAAUGAACAUUAAGCUGCAUUUAUGAAAAGGGUAAAAUGUAUUUUCACAUAUGUCUGCAUAAUGGGACCACCAGCAAAGUCAUGACAAUGAACAUGUCCCUUAGAGUCUCCACUGGCCCCUUUGUAUCCUGUCUCUCCCAGCCCUAGCCAAUCUGCCUUCUCUAGGUAGAAACUGUAGUUUGUAGUUUCUAGAACUUUUUAUAAGUGGAAUCCUACAAUUACUCUUGUAUGGUUGCUUUCACUAAGUGCGUAUGUAUAGUUUUAGUUUAAUCCAUGUUGUGUGUGCAAAAGCAUGGCACCAAAUAAGAAUAAGCAAGGCUGUUAUGUAUUAGAGCCGCACGUUCUGACAGUCGCUCUGAGAAAAAGUUGUUUAAAUUGGGAAAGUAGAGUUUAAGUAAAUUUAAAUUCAGUUUCAUAGGAAAUGAUUAUCUAAAAAAUUUUUGAACCAUCUGCCUUUUGCACAAGCUCCCACUGACACAUCUUUCUAGAUUUUUCUUAUUUGACUUUUUUUUUCUUGUAGUGUCCUCCAGCUAUGUCUUUGUGUCAUAAAAGUUCUUAGCACAUUCUAGCAUUCAUCAUUUUU